ACAACCGAUAUCUAUUAAUGUUUUCGAACAAUUUUCGAGCAGAACUUACGCUAAAUACGUAUAAGGUAUUAUAUUUGAUCAGCGAUGUCUGAAGAGUGCAAACCAAAACUGUCUUUGGUUAAACGGAAGGCCAAGGCAGGCCCUUCAGCAUCCAGAAAACGACUCAAAAUCCAGUACACGUCUUUGGAUGGAUUGCCUUGGAAGACAGUUCCUCGACCCAGGGAAACGGGCCUUGAUGGCGACGAUGGAGUACUGGAAUUAGAAGAGGUGGAAAAUGUGGAAGUGGUGUGCGAGGAUACAAAAGGAGGGAGAGUCAUGAAGUUCAAUGUUCUUGAGCCAUCGAGCAAGAAAAAAAAGAUCCUUGAAGGCUCUGAGCACGAGGCAGACAUGUCAUCUUCCGCCGGCUUGGAACCACUAAUCCCUUCGGUGUCGUUUGACUCCGAGUCUUUGCUGCCACAUUGGCAUGGUUUCUGUCUGCAUUCCCAUCUUUUACACGUCCUUCACUCGCGAGGGUUUUCUACACCAACCCCAAUACAAGCCAAAUCAUUGCCAAUAGCCUUAAAUGGGCGGGACGUUGUCGGAGUGGCAGAAACCGGAUCUGGAAAAACGCUUGCAUAUGGUCUUCCCAUUCUCCACCGUAUUCUAUCACACCCUCGGCCGCCAAGGACUAAACGAAAACUCCAGGCACUCAUCUUAGCUCCCACUCGUGAACUCGCCCUGCAGGUCUCCGAUCACCUCAAUGUCUUCUCACGAUUCACUGCUGUCAAGGUCGAACAAGACGUCGGUAAAGACAAACAACACGAAACCAAGCCGCAAAAUGCUCCGCCCCUCGUCAGCAUCGCCGCCAUAGUUGGUGGAAUGUCGGCGCAAAAGCAGCGGCGUAUACUCGACCGGGGUGUCGACGUGUUGGUUGCGACGCCCGGUCGGCUGUGGGACAUACUAGAAGAGGAUGAGGGACUGGCAAAACAAAUCACCCAGCUGAAAUUCUUAGUGCUGGACGAAGCCGAUCGCAUGGUCGAAACAGGACAUUUUGCUGAAAUGGACAACAUCCUGCGGCUCACGAUUCGAAAAUCACAAGAAGAUGAAAUUGAACCCCCCGAAGCUCCGGGCGAUUCUCUCGAUGCUCAGAAAGGCGCAGGGAACCCUGAAGCUACCCCUCUGGAUGCACUGCAAACAUUUGUCUUCUCCGCCACACUCAGCAAGGAUCUCCAGAAGAACCUGAAACGAAGUUAUCGCCAGAAGAGUCAUAAGAUGAAGUUGUCAAAACAGGCUAGUACACUUGACGACCUUCUUCUGCGCCUUGACUUUCGCGACCCGGAUCCGGCUGUGAUUGACAUCAGCCCCGAGGGAGGUGUUGUCUCUACACUCAAGGAGAGCAAAAUUGAGUGCCUCUCCGCAGAUAAGGAUGCAUACCUAUACUACUUCCUUUUACGGUAUCCUGGCCGUUCCCUCGUGUUCUUAUCGUCGAUUGAUGGCAUCAGGCGGCUCAGUCCACUGAUGGAACUCCUAAACCUCAAGGCCUUUCCCCUUCAUUCACAAAUGGAGCAACGCCAGCGACUCAAAAACCUUGAUCGGUUCAAGACGACCACGAAUGCUGUUCUCCUGGCGACAGAUAUUGCUGCAAGGGGUCUUGACAUACCUGCCGUUGACCAUGUCGUCCACUACCAAAUACCACGUUCAGCUGAUGUGUUCGUUCACCGUAAUGGACGUACCGCUCGCGCGAUGCAAAAAGGUUUUAGCUUGUUGAUGUGCGCCCCCGACGAACGUCGAGUGGUAAGGGCACUGCUAGCAAGCCUGGGUCGUAAAGACACAGAUAUCCCUGAGAUAUCAGUGGAGCUCACUCUUCUUGAUAAACUCAAAAAUCGUAUCUUGCUCGCUCGGCAAAUCGACUCCCAGCAACACAAGAUUAAGAAGCAGCGUCAUGAAAGGAACUGGUUGAAGGAAACGGCGGAAGCGAUGGAGAUAGAGCUUGAUUCUGAUAUUUUGAGCGAAUCCGCCGAUGAGAGUCACCCAUCAAAGCAACGAAAAAAGAAACACGACGCAAAGACAGCGAAUUUAAAAGCUAAAUUAAGAGAACUCAUGUCCCAACCACUCCUUAGCCGAGGUGUCUCGACUAGGUACAUCACCUCUGGAAGUCGACCCAUUGCUGACGACAUCAUAUCGGGAGAUGUCCAUGAAAUCAUGUUGGGCCUGAAGAAAUCGGAAGCCGGGGACGACUUGGUUGCCGUCGCCAAGCAAAAGCCAGUGAACAAAAAAGAAUUUGAUGAACCAGAGGAGUGGAACGGCUUCAAUUCGUGAACCAUGCUUUGGCCCUUGAUGCAUGAGGCCCUGCUAUACAUAGUACGUAUUUUCAUUAUCAUAAGCGCUAUGGCAUACAUUCGUAUUUGACCAGCGCUCACUGGCAGUGUGCGAGUAACUGCCACGUCACUUACGC